CUUUGCCUCAAUGGGCGUGGCCUUGGGCAGGAGGAACCCAAAGUGGGCGUGGUCUCUUCAUGUGGGCGGGACUUCUGGCCGACGCUGCUUGAAACCAUGGGCGGGGCUCAAGCAGGGCGUGGCCUGUGACUCGAAGAGUCUGAGCUCUGACUGGUAGAGUUCACACUGGGCGUGGCUUCCGCCUGGUAGGACACGCAGGGGCGUGGCCUCUGGUUGAUGGGGCGUGAAGUCCUACAGUGGGCAUGGCCUCUAGAUCACAGUGGUCGUGGGGCGUGGCCUCUCUGUGCUCGUGAUAGGCGUGGUCUUUCUAGAUGGGCGUGGCCUCUGACAACGCAGCUAGUGGGCGUGGCCUCGUUGGUUGGGCGUGGCAUCUCCAAAGUGUGCGUGACCGCUCUUUGGUAGUCCUGGCAGUGGGCGUGGCCUCUGGCAGUGGCCUCUCUGAUUGGGUGUGGCCUCUCAGGUCGUUCUUGUGGAGGGGCGUGGCCUCUUUGGAUGGGCGUGGUUUCUAACUGCUAUUCAGAUGGGCGUGGCCUCUUGCUGGCAAUGCUGAGUGGGUGUGUCCUCCUGCGGUAGGCGUGGUUUCUGUCUGGCAGCGCUCUCCAGGUGGGCGUGGCCUCUGGCUGGCAAUACCUGCGGAUGACGUGGUCUCCUUGGGUGGGCGUGGUCUCUGCCUGGUAAUACUGCGUGGGCGUGGCCUCCUGCAGUGGACGUGGCCUCUACCUGGCAGCGCUCAGCAGGUGGGCGCGGCCUCUGGCUGGCCUCAUCUUUGGUGGGCGUGGUCUCUCCACGUGGGCGUGGCCUCUGGCUGGCAAUGUUGAGUGGGCGUGGCCUCCUAAGUGGGGCGUAGUCUCUGUCUGGCAGCGCUCAGCAGGUGGGCGUGGCCUCUAGCUGGCCUAACCUUUGGUGGGCGUGGUCUCUCCGGGUGGGCGUGACGUCUGACUGGCAAUGCUGAGUGGGCGUGGCCUCAUGAGUGGGGCGUGGUCACUGGCCGCACUCUAAAGGUGGGCGUGGCGUCUUGCUGGCAAUACAGGCGGUGGGCGUGGCCUCUGCUUGGUAAUGCUGAGUGGGCGCGGCCUCCUGAAGUGGGCGUGGUUUUUACCUGGCGGCCCUCUCCAGGUAGGCGUGGCCUCUGGCUGGCAACGCUGAGUGGGCGUGGCCUCUGCCUGGCAGCUCUUUCCAGGUGGGCGCGGCCUCUGCGUUGGCAGUGCCGGCGGUGGGCGUGGCCUCUCCCUGUGGGCGUGGCUUCUCCCCGCUUUCCCGCGGCAAAAGUGCGGCGGGCGCCAACUUCGCGCAAACUUUCCCCGCGCACCGCCGGCACCGGCACCCCAGGACCCCUCCUUUCCCCCCGGUGCCCCCGGAUCCAGCGCCCCCCCCGCGCCUCCCGCCAUGCCCCGACGCGGGUGACACCGCCGCCAUGUACUCCCCGUACUGCCUCACCCAGGAUGAGUUCCACCCCUUCAUCGAGGCGCUGCUGCCCCACGUCCGGGCCUUCUCCUACACCUGGUUCAACCUGCAGGCCCGCAAGCGCAAGUACUUCAAGAAACACGAGAAACGGAUGUCGAAGGAGGAGGAACGCGCCGUCAAGGACGAGCUGCUGGGCGAGAAGCCCGAGGUCAAGCAGAAGUGGGCUUCGCGCCUCCUGGCCAAACUACGCAAAGACAUCCGGCCCGAGUGCCGCGAGGACUUCGUGCUCUCCGUCACCGGCAAGAAAGCGCCUUGUUGCGUCCUCUCCAACCCCGACCAGAAAGGCAAGAUCCGUCGGAUCGACUGCCUCCGCCAAGCCGACAAGGUGUGGCGCCUGGACCUGGUGAUGGUCAUCCUCUUCAAGGGCGUCCCGCUGGAGAGCACCGACGGCGAGCGCUUGGCCAAAGCGCCGCAGUGCGCCAGUCCCGGCCUCUGCGUCCAACCCCACCACAUCGGCGUCACCAUCAAGGAGCUCGACCUCUACCUGGCGUACUUCGUCCACACGCCCGAUUCGAGCCAAUCCGACAGCGCCGGCGCACAGGGGGACGCGGAUGUCAAACCGCUGCCCAACGGCCACCUGACCUUCCAGGACUGUUUCGUGACGUCGGGGGUGUGGAACGUGGCUGAGUUGGUGCGAGUGUCGCAGACCCCUGUGGCGACGGCCUCGGGCCCCAACUUCUCUCUGGCCGACCUGGAGGGUCCGGGGGGGUACUACAACAUCAGCCCUGUGGCCCUGGGCCGGCGGCCCCUGGGACCCCCCCCCACCAGCGGCCCCAAGCGCCCCAAAGCGCUGGAUGAGGGGGACCUGGAGGGUCCGGGGGACGACGUCUUCUACCCCGGACCGGGGCGAUCGCCGGCCCCGGGGGGCAGCCAGGGGCCCUGGGGGGGCGACGUCGACACCGGUCCGGCGGCGCUGAAGAAGUCGGGGAAGUUGGAUUUCUGCAGCGCGCUGUCGGGGCACUCGGCCGCCCCCCGCAUGGCCUUCGGCCAUCACCCCCUCCCCGUGCUGGCCGGUGUCCGCCCCGGGGUGCCGGCGCUCAGGGUCGCUGCAGGCAGCCCGCGGGCCACGGCCUCGGCGCUGCACUUCCCGUCGGGGUCUCUGCUGCCCCAGUCGAGCCCCUACUUCGCGCACCCCACGAUCCGCUACCACCACGGGCAGGACUCGCUCAAGGACUUCGUCCAGUUCGUCUGCGCCGACGGCGCCGCGCAGGGCCCCCAGCCAUGUGGGGCGCAGGGUCGGUCUGGGGGGGCUGCGGGGGCCCCCCUGGCUCGGCCGCUGCCGCUGCCCCCAGCGGAGCCCAAAGCCCCCGGUGGCCCCCAGGGCGGAGCGGCCGCUGCACCCCCAUUCGCAGCGUCAGGCGCCGCCGCUGCCCCCCGCCUUGUCGGCCUCGGACCCCGCGACGGCAACUUUCUGACCCUCCCCCAGCAGCAGUCCUGGUUCCUCUGACGCCGCCCCCAAACGAGGAGAAACCGCCUGAAAAAGAAAAGGAGAAAAAAAAAGAACAAAAAAAAAGACAAAAAAGCCGCAGCCCCCCCCGGCCCCCCCCAAUUCCCCC